AUGUUUACUAGGAGAAAGCCUAGUGAUCAGUUUGAGGGAGAUGUUAGCUUCAAGCAAUGGGUGAGUUAUUCACUCCCAGAGGCAGUAAUGGACGUUGUGGAUUCCAACUUGGUUACACCAACGGAUAAUCACUUACAGAAGGAGUUGGAUAUUGUGGCAUGCAUUAGAUUGUUGUGGAAGCUUAGCCCAAUACAUUCAGCAUACCCAUCAGCACAUUACAACAACAACCCGACCCACUUUCUCAAUUUUCGAAAGAGACCCAGAAAUGACGUGAAAAUAGAGGAACAACGUCAACAAAGCGGAGCAAGUUCACGGCGUGAACAGAAGCCUGAAACGACAAUCCAGCAGCAGCGAGUUGACGGAGAUACACGUCGAACUCACGCUUUGGACGCGCCUAGAGAUUUGGUUGUCGUCUUCCUCCAACGUCCAUCUCAGUCGCAGCAGAAAAGCACCUGCGACUUCGUCUUCACAGCUCUCACUUUUAUCGUCGGGGCUCGCCAGAGUGUUCGAAAUCUCAUCCCGGUGGUGAAGUUCUUCCUCGCUGCUCUGCUCGUUUGUUGUCCAGUUUGCUGCACUCAGAAAGGCACGAUUCCCCAUGAUUUUGGAAACCUCACAUUUCUUGUUUCUCUUGACUUGAGUGGCAACAAUUUGCAUGGAAAUUUGACUGAGGAAAUGGCAUGCUUGCGUCAGCUUAAGUUUCUUAAUUUAAGUUUCAACAACUUUAGAGGGGAGCUUGAAAAUUUGGAUUUGACUUUCAAUUCCUUAGUGGGUCAAAUCCCAAAGGAGAUUGCAAACCUGAGAUAUUUAAGCUUGUAUGGAAACAAUCUCAUAGGGACUAUUCCUCCAGCACUAUCAAAUGCCUCAAGGUUGGAGAUUCUAAAUUUAUCAGUCAAUUUACUUCAAGGAAACAUCCCGGAAGAGAUUGGCAAUCUUCACAACCUGAAUUUGUUGUCCAUGGAACAUAAUCAGCUUACAGGUUCUAUACCAUUCACAAUUUUCAAUAUUUCUCGAAUCAAAGUUGUUUCAUUUGCAAUCAAUAGCUUAUCAGGAAAUCUUCCGAAUGGUUUAUGCAAUGGUCUCCCAAUACUCAAACAGCUUCAUCUAUCCGGAAACAAGCUUGAUGGUCAUAUGCCUACAAGCUUGUCAAAUUGUUCACAACUUCAAAUAUUGUCUCUAUCCGAAAAUGAUUUUGAUGGACCAAUUCACAGUGAAAUUGGAAGAUUGAGUAACUUGCAGUUCUUGUAUCUCGGAUCCAACCAUUUCACAGGGACAAUUCCACAAGAAAUCGGAAAUCUUGUUAAUUUAGUGGAGUUAUACAUUGAGGUAAACCAGAUUACCGGCUCUAUCCCGAUCUCCAUAUUCAAUAUCUCAUUGCUGCAGUCAUUGAUGCUGUGGGGCAACAAUCUUAGUGGAUUCUUACCAAGGGAGAUUGGCAACUUAACCAAGAUGCAAUUCUUAUAUCUUAACAAAAAUAUGUUAACUGGUGAAAUACCCAAAGAGAUAAGAAAUCUGGUUGAGUUGGAGGUAUUUGAUGUUGGGUUUAAUAGUUUUAGUGGUUCACUUCCAAUGGAGAUCUUCAACAUAUCGCGACUGACAAUAAUUGAUCUUUCAGCCAAUAAUCUAUCAGGAACCCUCCCACUAAACAUAGGUUCUACCUUACCAAACAUUGAAGAGCUAUAUAUGAGUGACUUAACCAAUCUUGUUGGGACUAUUCCUCAUUCUAUCUCCAAUUGUUCAAAGCUUACUGAUCUAGAUCUUUCACAAAACAAACUCACAGGCUUAAUACCCAAUUCUCUUGGAUAUUUGACUCAUCUACACUUCCUAAACUUGGGGAUAAACAAUUUAAGCAGUGAUUCAAUUUUAAGCUUCCUGACUUCCUUAACCAAUUGCAGAAAUUUAAGAUUUCUUUCUCUAGCUUUCAACCCUCUAAAUGGCAUGCUUCCGGUCUCCGUAGGGAACUUCUCCAUAUCUCUUAUACAGUUUUAUGCCAUUGCUUGCAAGAUUAACAGCCAGAUUCCAAAUGAAGUUGGAAACUUAACCAAUUUAAUAGACCUUGAUCUUUCUAAUAAUAACUUGAUUGGAUCAAUUCCAACAUCAAUUCAGAACUUGAGAAACCUGCAACGCUUGUACUUGAACAUCAACAAACUUACAGGAUUUAUUGGAGAUAAUCUUUGUAAAUUGCAACAUGUGGGUGUUAUUUCCUUGGGUCAAAAUCAACUUUCAGCAGCAUUUCCUAAUUGUUUAGGGAACGUUACUUCCCUUAGAGAGAUAUAUAUGGAUUCCAAUAAAUUGAGUUCCAAUAUACCAACAAGCUUAGGAAAUCUUAAAGAUCUAAUGGUUCUUGACUUAUCAUCAAACAAUAUGGUUGGCUCUUUACCUCCAGAAAUUGGAAAUCUAAAGGCUGCGAACCAGAUAGACCUAUCGAUGAAUCAAUUCUCAAAUGGAAUUCCUAGAGAAAUUGGAGGAUUACAAAAUCUGGUGCACCUUUCUUUGAGACACAACAAGUUACAAGGAUCUAUACCCGACUCAAUGAGCAACAUGGUAGGUUUGGAAUUUCUAGACAUUUCUCAUAAUAAUAUAUCGGGAACUAUUCCCAUGUCUUUGCAGAAACUUCAAUACCUCAAGUUUAAUGUCCCGCCAUGCCCCACUUCAUCAACGCAUAGAUCGAAUAGGAAAAAAUUGCUAGUUCUAUUUCUUUUGCUAGGAAUAGCACUUGUAUUUGUUCCUAUCGCCUUUGUGUUCCUAUGGAUAAGGUAUAGAAGAGGUAAAAGAGCUCCUCAACGAGCUGAUUCAUUGUCUAUCGCAACAACAGAAAGAAUUUCAUACUAUGAACUGCUCCAAGCAACUGAUUCUCUUAGCGAGAGUAAUCUGAUUGGUUCUGGAAGUUUUGGCUCUGUCUACAAAGGCAUUCUCAGAAGUGGAACUCAUAUUGCAGUUAAAGUGUUCAAUCUACAACUGGAAGCGGCAUUCAAGAGUUUUGAUAUAGAAUGUGAAGUUUUGCGCAGCCUUCGCCAUAGGAAUCUUGUGAAAGUCAUCACUAGUUGUUCCAACCUUGAUUUGAAGGCUUUAGUGCUCGAGUAUAUGCCUAAUGGAAGUCUUGACAAAUAUUUGUAUUCACACAACUACUUCCUAGACAUCAGGCAGAGACUAAGCAUUAUGAUAGAUGUGGCAUGUGCAUUGGAAUAUCUCCAUCAUGGGUGCUCGUUACCUGUGAUUCAUUGUGAUCUGAAGCCUAGUAACGUCUUGCUGGAUGAGGAUAUGGUUGCCCACCUAAGCGACUUUGGUAUUUCAAAACUGCUUGGUGAAGAUGAGAGUGAUUUAUACACUAAAACCUUAGCAACAUUGGGUUAUAUUGCACCAGAGUAUGGACUGGAUGGAUUGGUGUCUAUAAAAUGUGAUGUCUAUAGUUACGGGAUCAUGUUGUUGGAGACGUUUACUAGGAGAAAGCCUAAUGAGUUUGAGGGAGAUCUUAGCUUGAAGCAAUGGGUGAGUUAUUCAUUCCUAGAGGCAGUAAUGGAUGUUGUAGAUGCCAACUUGGUAACAUCAAUGGAUAAUCGCUUACAGAAGGAGCUAGAUGUUGUGUCUUCAAUCAUGAAAGUGGCAUUAGAUUGUUGUGCUGAAUCUCCGGCAAGAAGGACAAACAUGAAAGAUGUUGUAGGGAUGCUACAAAAGAUCAACAUUCAACUUCUUGCAUGCUGAUCAACG